UCAGGUUAUAUGUGAAACACAGCAAUCAGUAAUUCAGUGGGAAUUCGACAAAUGGUUGUGCGAAAAUUUCGCUCUCUGUGCCUAUAGGCAAUGUUUGUGUUCAGUGUUUUAUUGUCGGCGAUUUUGUUAUCACAUUUGGGAAGUCCUUUACAUUGUUACAAGUGUAGUGGCUCUUCGAGAAAUGCUGAUAAGGCCGAUAAGGCGUGCGUUUAUGGGUAUUCUCACGUGGAGAAAAUGGAGUGUCCAUAUGACCACGUGUGUUCUACUUAUCAAUACGAAAUAUCGAUUCAUGGUUUGAUCCGGUCCAGCGUGACAAUCCGCGGCUGCGAGCCCUUCGCCAACAUGGAAACCUGCCCCGACCUCCUGGACAACCUCCGCUCCCUGGUGUUCCCCGCCCGAGUCCGUGAAAUAAACUGCUACUCGUGCUCCUCCGAUCUUUGCAACUCUUCGUCAAACAUCUGAGA